AAAGGAGUCUUGCUGUGCUCUGUGUUGGCAGAACACGCGUGAGACAGCUCAGGCCAUCAAGGGCAUGCACAUCCGCAAGGCCACCAAGUACCUGAAGGACGUCACCCUGAAGAAGCAGUGCGUUCCCUUCCGUCGCUACAACGGGGGCGUCGGGAGAUGCGCCCAGGCCAAGCAGUGGGGCUGGACGCAGGGACGCUGGCCCAAGAAAAGUGCUGAGUUCUUGCUGCACAUGCUCAAAAACGCAGAGAGCAAUGCUGAGCUCAAGGGUCUUGAUGUGGAUUCUCUGGUCAUCGAGCACAUCCAGGUCAACAAGGCUCCCAAAAUGCGCAGGCGCACCUACCGGGCGCACGGCAGGAUCAACCCCUACAUGAGCUCCCCCUGCCACAUCGAGAUGAUCCUCACGGAGAAGGAGCAGAUCGUUCCCAAGCCAGAAGAAGAAGUUGCUCAAAAGAAAAAGAUUUCCCAGAAGAAGCUGAAGAAGCAAAAGCUAAUGGCUCGGGAGUAAAUGUGACACAGCAUGUGUACAUAAAUAAGACUAUUAAAAGUUUA